AUGUUUCACAAAAUCGACCCACAUUUGAAUGGUGAUAAUAAUGUAGAUGGUGGUGAUGUAGAUGAUGUAAAUAAUGGUAAUGUAGAUGAUGGCGAUGUAGACGAUGGUGACGUAGUUGAUGGUGGUGUAGAUGAUGGUGACGUAGAUGAUGGUGGCGUAGAUGAUGGCAAUGUAGAUGAUGGUGACGUAGAUGAUGGUGGCGUAGAUGAUGGCAAUGUAGAUGAUGGUGACGUAGAUGAUGGUGGCGCAAAUGAUGGCAAUGUAGAUGAUGGCGAUGUAGAUGAUGGUGGUGUAGAUGAUGGUGGUGUAGAUAAUAGUGAUGUACAUGAUGGUGAUAUAGAUGUUGCUGUAGUAGAUGAUGGUAAUGUAGAUAAUGGCGAUGUAAAUGAUGGUCAUGUAGAUGACGAUCAUGUAGAUUAUGGUGAUGUGGAUGGUGGCGAUGUAGGUGAUGGUGAUGUAUAUGAUGGUGAUGAAGAUGAUGCCGGUGUAGGUGAUGGCGAUGUAGAUAAUGGAGAUGUAGAUGAUUGUGAUGUAGAUUAUGGUGAUGUAAAUGAUGGUGAUGUAGAUCAAGGCGAUAUAGAUGACAAUUAUGGUGAUGUAGAUGAUAGUGAUGUAGAUCAUGGCGAUAUAGAUGACAGUGAUGUAGAUGAUGACGAUGUAGAUGUAGAUGAUGGUGACGUAGAUGAUGCUGAUAUAGAUAAUAGCGAUGUAGAUUAUGAUGAUGUUGAUGAUGACGAUGUAAAUGAUGGUAAUGUAGAUGAUAGCGAUGCAGAUGAUGGUGAUGUAGAUUAUUGUGCUGGAGAUUAUAGUUCUGAAGAUUAUGGUGAUGUAGAUGGGAAUCCCAGGAACGGGGUUUCCUCCAAAGAUAUGGUGGAAGCCAAAAAUUCUCGCUCGAGAACAGUAAUGUCUUCUGGCAAGGUCGCAGCACAUGGAACGAUUCGUUCUACGUGCGACAUUUCCGGAGCUCCUCUCUCCAUCGUCACAGUACCAGAAGUCUCAACAGUCUGA